GAGACUAGUUCAAUGGUGAAAAUUCGGUACCGGUGCCGGUGGUGAUCGUGAGCUAAAACGGAUUUCGGAGAAAUUUACAGAAUGGAAGCACUUAUUCCAGUUAUAAAUAGACUUCAAGAUGUUUUUAAUACUGUUGGAACAGAUGUGAUCCAGUUACCCCAGAUUGUGGUUGUUGGAAAUCAGAGCAGUGGCAAGAGUUCUGUUCUAGAGAGUCUUGUAGGAAGGGAUUUCUUGCCAAGGGGAAAUGGGAUAGUGACUCGACGCCCUCUGGUCCUGCAGAUGAUCCAUGUUGAUCCACAGGAUAAAAGAGGAGCAACCGGAGAUGGCGAAGAAGAGAUUACAGCUGAUGAAUGGGGAAAGUUUCUUCACACCAAGAAUAAGAUCUACUCUGAUUUUGAGGAGAUCAGAGAAGAAAUUGAAAAUGAGACUGAUAGGAUGGCAGGGACCAACAAGGGGAUUGUUCAUGAUGCAAUACAUCUUAGAAUCUACUCACCCAAAGUUCUCAAUUUGACUUUAGUGGAUUUGCCAGGUCUUACAAAGGUUCCUGUCGGUGACCAACCUGAGGAUAUUGAAGGUCAGAUCCGAGAGAUGGUCGUCAAGUACAUUGGCAAUCCCAAUUCCAUCAUCCUAGCAGUGACCUCUGCCAAUACAGACAUGGCUACCUCAGAAUCUCUCAAGUUAGCCAAGGAGGUAGACCCUGACGGUAGGAGAACCCUGGCAGUCAUCACCAAGCUCGAUCUCAUGGAUGCUGGCACAGACGCAGUGGAUGUGCUGUGUGGCAGAGUAAUUCCAGUGAAACUAGGAAUCAUUGGAGUGGUGAAUAGAAGUCAAAUGGACAUCAAUAACAAAAAGGUUAUUGAGGAGGCUGUGAAGGAUGAAGCAGCUUUUCUACAAAGGAAAUACCCAGCUCUUGCCAGCAGAAAUGGUACUGCUUACCUAGCCAGAACACUCAACAGGCUAUUGAUGCAUCAUAUCAGAGACUGUCUACCUGAGUUGAAGACGAGGGUCAACGUGAUGACUUCACAGUUUCAGCAGCUCAUGGCUUCGUUUGGUGAACCGGUGGAAGACAAGAGUCAAACCUUGCUACAGAUUAUCACCAAGUUUGCUUCCGAAUACUGUGCAACCAUCGAAGGAACCUCAAGAAAUAUAGAAACAUCUGAAUUAUGUGGAGGAGCAAGAAUCUGUUAUAUCUUCCAUGAGACAUUCGGGAGAACGUUAGACAGUAUAGAUCCACUAGGAGGACUUAGAACUAUAGACAUCUUAACUGCUAUUCGCAAUGCAACGGGACCUAGACCAGCACUGUUUGUACCAGAAGUAUCCUUUGAGCUGCUGGUGAAGAGACAGAUCAGACGGUUAGAGGAGCCCAGCAUGCGUUGUAUUGAACUGGUACAUGAAGAGAUGCAACGUAUCAUAGCACACUGUGGAACACAGGAUCUCUUAAGAUUCCCACGUCUCCAUGAUCGCAUCGUGGAAGUUGUAACCACCCUUCUGAGGCGGAGACUGCCAGCCACGAAUUCAAUGGUUGAAAAUAUUGUUGGCAUUGAACUAGCUUACAUUAACACCAAGCAUCCUGACUUUGCCGAUGCUAGUCUUGUCAAUGUGCUUGUGGAGCAGAAUGAUAAGGAAAAUAGCAGAAAAUCUACAAGACAUACUGAAUCAGUACCCGAUACUAGAGAGAGAAAUGACAGGCAGUUCAAGACCCCUCAGACCACACCCAUUGACGGGGCCCCUCCGAGGCCUGAUGGCAAGGAUAGCGCAUCAUGGGUUCCUUCGUGGGUUAGGGGAGCACCGUCUAAUGUGAAGUCUUCAAGCUCAGAGAACCUGUCGGUAGCAGCCAGUAGUACCCCACCACAGAUGAGCAGUCCCAAAGUGGAGAAGAAAAGACCAGGCAUCAAUCUCUUACCUGAUGUUCCUGAUGUACCGGUGUCUAGGAAACUUUCAUCAAGGGAACAGAGAGAUGUGGAUGUUAUAAAGCGACUCAUCCAGAGCUAUUUCCUGAUCGUACGUAAGAACAUCCAAGACAGUGUCCCCAAGUCUAUUAUGCAUUUCUUAGUGAAUCAUGUACAAGAUAACCUUCAAAGUGAGUUAGUAGGACAGCUGUAUCGUCAGACAGAGAUUGAUACAUUGCUUAAUGAAUCAGAACAUAUGGCACAACGAAGGAAAGAUGCUCAAGAAAUGUUACAAGCUCUUCAGAAGGCAGGCCAAAUCAUCAGUGAAAUCAGAGAAACACACCUGUGGUAGACCCCCAUCCACCAACCACUCCUUUCACCCUGUCAAUAAACAUAAUUAUGUGAGAAAUUAGCAUUAAUGAACAAUUGUGUAAGUUUGCAAAUAUUCUACUACUAGUAUUUAUGUUUUACACUGACCUUGAUCCUAGAUGCUCUCUGUACAUUCAUACCGAUUCAGUACAAAGUAUUACACAGACUUAUGUCAAUUCAGAUUGUAUGUGACUGUCCAGUUACAAGUGUGUUUUAUACAUAGAUAGCAUAGUCAAGGCUUUGAAGAGGUUAAUGCAUAAGCUAAAUGUAGUUGGGUGGGAAGAAGAUUAACAAUGCAUAUCUACUACAAACUUGUUUAUGAACUCAUUUAUGACUGUUCUGUCAAAAUAUGUGAUACAUCUUUGCAUGUAUUACAAAUGAGUUUGUUUUUGAGAAUUGUUGCUUUUUUUUUUGGGGGGGGGAGGACAGAAUAUAUUAAAAAUACUUGGAAAUAACUAUUUCACAUACUUUCCUCUUAUUAAGUAUAAUAAAGCUCACCCUACCCACUUGAAGAUAUGGGCGAUGUAUAAGUAAUGUAAUACUUUACACAGUGAUAGUAUUGCAGUGUACAGUAUCCAACAGAAGUUAAUACACUUCGCAUAGAAACAUUAAUUUUCAAUGCAGCUCUUCACCAAAAGGUGUCUUUAUUUAAAUGUUGAUAAAAAUAUAUAUAGAAAACAUUACAAGACACCAGAUUUAUUAUGACAACAAGCAUUUGUACGUAAGGAAGCAAUUUGCAAAGUUAUACUUUUUGAUCAGCAUAUUUGUACUCAAGUCUGGUGAAUGGUGCAUGUACUAAAAAGCUCCAAGGCCAAAUCAAAUAAAAUGCAUCCCAUAGUUGUCAAUCUGUUGAUAUUGGAAAUCAAUUUUUCAGUCACAGUUCUUUUGCUCUUCUCAUGCAUAUGUACAGCUGAAAUCAGAGCUUUAAAAAAAGUUUCCUUCCCGUCAUUGAGUAGAAAGCAAAUAUUAGUGGAAUGCGUGUUGUUAUUAAUUUGACUCCCGUUCAUAACUCCCAAAUAAGCCAUUCUGUUAUCUAAAGGAAUGAUUGAUGGAUUAGCUAUGUGUAUGUUUGCAAGUUUGAGUAAUGUCAAUUAUACAAACUGCUUGAAUCUUUAAGUGGAAGUCAUAAUUGUCUAAUUGUAGGAGCAUAUUUUUGAAUUUCUUUAUGUUGCAAAGUAUUUAUGUUUAUUUAUUUCAUACAUUUGGGGAAAAAGAGAUGGGUGUGCAUAAUAUGGCUAGAUUGAAAUAACUUUUUUCCCAUCAUUUGUUAUAACUUUAUGCCCAGUUGUCAGUUUUUGUGAUAUUAUUGGUCUGUUUGAUAGACAUGUGUUCUUAGGUGGAACAUUAUGUUACUCCAUAAUAUUUUCCCAUAACUUUUCAGUCUUGUUUCAGUUCUUUUAUUAAAGUACUUCAAUGAGUAGUACUGCUUUGCAUGAAUUACAUCCUUUACAUUAUUUACCAAUUCACCAUUCAACAAUUUUUUAAAAUAUAUGUUUAUGUAGUGUGCAUGGUGUGGUACCUAUCUUUUGGGUUAUUUUCCCUAUUGUCAAUAUUAUUCCAAAGUUUGCUAUGCAAUUCCUUUUGUUUAAUCCAAAAUUACUUCAUGAAUUAUAUGUAAUACAAUCUGAUUGUUAGUGAUACAUUUUCUUAAUAAUGCUAAACAAAGUGUUGAAAAUGAUAGAUCUAUGUAACUAUUUUUUUUUGGCUUAGCCAUGUACCCAGUACACUAAACUAAGUAGCAGACAGCUGUAUGUUUGCUGUGCAAAUCAAUAGAAGUCUUUACUACAGUACCUUUUUUCACAUUUAUUAUGAAAUAAGCUAUCAAUAUUUCAUAAUUCACAUUUCAAAUAUGUUUUUGAAUGUUUUGUGCAAACUAAGGCAUGCAGUGAUUGAGAUAAUGGUAAACAUGUACAAAUAAUGCACAGGUCAAUAUGUGAUCGCGAGGAUGCAGGGGACUCAAAGGGUAUUAAGGCAAAUGAAUCAUGAGGUGUUAGCAAAGGUUUUCUGCACUGUGUUACCUGAGAUGUCUAUAUCGUUAUAAAGUAAAACAACACUAGUUACGUUAACCCUUAUUUAACUUGGGAGGGGGGGGGGGUCAAUUUGUCCCCCCUCGACAAAUUUCGUCACUACGCUAGUACGCUGUCAAGCGAAAUUUUUUGACUUUUUUCCUGAUUUUCUGACUUUUUACUAUCAAGUCUUGCGCAUCUUUUUAGACCAAAUUUGCAACACCCGGGUAUGCGGUUCUGAAAUUAUGCCACAUUUUGUAAGUGCAUGUCAAACCCCAAAUUGCUAAAAAAACGUGAUUCCAUGUACAAAGUACAAAUUUCAACCAAAAAUCGUAUGAUUAUUUUUACUUUUGUUGGUUAAAAUGGAUUUAUUUUAUGCUAUUUAUGAUCGCAAAAGGGUCCCUGUCAAAGUUCAUCGGAAAAAAUAAUAAAAACAAAGGCUAAAAAAAACAAGAAUUACAUAAGAAUUCAAAAAGCAAUAAAAUACAUAAGAAAAUAUUUAUAUUUUUGCAAUUUUUUGUAGAGAUUUGUUAGAAAUGUAAAAAUUGAUACUCUCGCCAAAAAUUAGCAUUCUACUAGCUAUAUAAAGCAACUUUCACAAUUGGUGGUGCGACUGCUUACAACCGUUGCGAUUUUAUGCAACAUAUAUUGCAAACAAAUGAUCGCAAACGAUUGUGAAAGCCCCUUUAAGUGAGUUAAAGGCAAAACAUUAAAAAAAUGAAAAGAAAUUUAGGGCAAAUUUCAAAUGCUUAUUUGCAUAAUGACUUAAUGAAAAAAUAUAAACAAUUAAUUUUUUGAAAAUUUUACUCUACAGUCUUGUAGUUUACAUCCGGCUCUACGCGUUUGCAUAUUUUUGCAGCGAUCGCGCUAUCAGCGGCCAAGAUCUGAAGGGAGGGUCAAAUUGACCCCCCCCCCCCACCCCGUAUAUCCUGGUCUGAAAUAGCCCAGUUAAAAUAGGGUUAAACCUGCUUUUUAUGUGUUGUAAAUGUAAAUGGGUCAGUAUUGUAUAUUUUGAAAAUUGGACUGAAUAAUCCAUGCCUCAGACUUUCUUUCUGACAACACUUAGUUAUAGUGCAGAAGAAAUGAGUAGUGUCUACCUCAUGACCAGAAGUCCCUGUAUUCAUGUAGCCUCAAUCAUCCAUGGGCAUCAUUUCACUCUUGUGUGUGUAUUUGUACGUGUAAGAAAAGCAAGCUAUUUUUUGAAUGCUUGUUAAUGUCUUUUGUUGAGCACUUUUCAACUACGACAAAAAAAAAUUAGGGGAUUCCAUGUGAUUCUUUUAGGGGAUGUGAUCGGCCACAUUCUUUUACCUGUUUUAUAAUACUUGAUAGCACCUCUGUCUCAUUGUCAGUACAUGUAAACGUGUAAUGGUAGGAUUGUCAAAAUCAUUUGAUGAUUAUAAUAUUCCUACAUUGUGCUUGUAUGUUACACAGCAUCAAGCAAUCAAGUGCAAUGGUAGUGGAACAUGUUAAGGUUAAGAAUAGAAUUUGAUGGUGUACAAUUGUGAUGUAUGAUAUUCAUUGAUACAUUGUAAAGUAUGUUAUUUGAAGGGCCCACAAUGAAUGGUGUAAAUAUGAGGAUUAAAACAUUUCAUAUUCUGAUAUUUUGACAAUGUAAA